AUGUCGCGUCGUGAACGGUUCGCUUUCAAGAAGAUCUCUUUGCCUGAGUUAUUUCGUUCGGAUGCAUUCUCUUUUUUUGGUAUGGCAGAUUUGCUUCCUGUGGAUGUCCCGGACGACUUUACUCGCGGCAAAAAUCGCGAUCACAGAGGACAAUUGUGUCCGAUUUCUGACGGCCUCCGAUUUACUUAUGGAACAGCUGGCUUUCGUCAAAAUGCUGACCUGCUGCCUUUUGUGGUAUUCAGAAUGGGAUACCUUGCAGGUUUACGGGCGAGAGAGCUAAACCAAACGAUUGGACUAAUGAUAACAGCGUCUCAUAACCCAGCUUGCGACAAUGGAGUGAAAAUUGUCGAUCCUAAAGGCGAAAUGCUUGCUUCCGAUUGGGAGAAAUAUGCUUCGGAAUUAGUGAAUGCAAGUGACGAGCAGCUUCCCACUGCCGUGCGGGCUCUAGAAGUUCAGGUGUCGACGAAACGUCCAGCUCCUGAUGCAUUGGUAGUGUGUGCUAUGGACUCACGCGAAAGUGGACCACAUUUAAUGAAGGCUGCUAAAGCUGGUGCUGCACUGAUGGAUGUGCCAUUUGAGAGUCAUGGUUUGUUGACUACUCCACAGUUGCACUAUAUUGUUAAAUGCAAAAAUGACCCGUCAUUUGGUGAACCAAGAGAAAUAGGAUACUACGUCCGGAUAUCCGACGCUUUCAAAGAGCUCCUGAAGGUACAAGGCAAUCACAAACAUUCCCACUACUCCAGCGAGCUUUUUCUUGAUUGUGCUAAUGGUGUAGGAGCUGAAAAAAUGCGAAUGAUGUGUCGAUUUCUUCCUGAAGAUGCACUAAUGAUUCAGUUCCGCAACGAGGAUGAAUUGCUUAACUACGAGUGUGGAGCUGACUAUGUGAAGAUCAGCCAAAAUCUUCCAGCAUAUUUCGAUGAUGUCGAUGUGAACGCUAAGUGUGCCUCAUUCGAUGGUGAUGCAGACAGACUUAUCUACUUUCGAGCUGCUGGAGAUCGAGACAAGGUAGUUCUUAUGGACGGUGAUAAGAUUGCAGUGCUAAUGGCACGGUACAUCAAAGAGGCUCUAGACUCCGCUGGAAUCACUGAUCUCACCUUGGGUGUCGUACAAACGGCGUAUGCAAAUGGAAACUCGACAAAGUAUCUGAGAGAGGCUGUGGGAAUUACGCCUGUUUUUGUUCCAACUGGAGUAAAACACCUGCACCAUGCAGCUAUUAAAUUCGACGUCGGUAUUUAUUUCGAAGCAAACGGACAUGGAACGGUUGUUUUCAGUGAGAAAUUUCACCAGACGGUGGAGAUGGAAACGUCUAAUGACGCAGUGAAGAGAUUGCGGUUAUUCUCAAGGGUUGUAAAUGAGGUUGUUGGAGAUGCUAUGGCAGAUCUUCUGGCUGUGGAACUGCUUUUGCGAUGGUACGGCUUCUCCAUUGAAGACUGGGAACGUGAGCUGUACACCGAUGCACCAAAUGUGCAGCACAAAAUACCGGUAGUGGAUCGAUCGAAAUUUAAGACAACAUAUGAAGAAACCACUUUACUAGAGCCAGAAGGGGUUCAAGAGAAGAUUGAUGCAUUAGUAGCUCAAUACAAUGGAGCGAGAGCGUUUGUCAGACCAUCAGGAACAGAAAAUAUUGUUCGCGUAUACGCGGAAGCCCAAGUCCCGGAAGAAGCAACAACUCUGGCAGAUAGUAUCGCAACUUUAAUAAGACAGUCGUAA